UUUAUUGUAUUGCUAGGGUUUGAUACUUGUUUGUGUUCAAUGGGGACGAUUUUAUUUUUAUAGGUUGCGGUGUGUGGAUGGGUGGUGUGAGGCCACGUGUUGUCCGGAGGCCGUGCCCAUGACCUGAGUUACCGAACGGAGUAUGGCUAGCAGACAGCAGUUCGCCACUCGCCCUUACUCUGCAUACAGCUGCUACUGACUGACAUCCCACUCGAGAAUAUAGCCAAGUGCUUGUUUAGUUUCAGUUCUGCGCUGGUACUACUACCGCAGGGUCCUCGCCUUCAGCCGAGUACACGCGGGAGACGUUGUAAUAAUAGUGGGUGCUGUGAUUGGCAUGGAGGUGAAAGAGGUUCAAGGAGGUUACUGCCUGCCUACCCAGGCUGCCGCGCACGUACAACUACUGGCAAAGGUGCUCAGCUGGCGCCUCCUCCACCACCUCCAACCUUGUACCUGUGCUGCUGCUGGAAGAACCUGCGCAUCUAGUGUUAGUGCACUGGCGGCGCUCCAUUCUUCCUGGGCGUGGUUGUGACUGCUUUCUGAACAAUAAAUAUGUCAGCCGGCCGCAGUAUUGUGAUUGUCGCUUCCUUCAGUAAGACUGCUGCCUUCACGGGAAAGUGGGCUGGUUAGAUCAGGCGGUACUCAGCUCAUAACAGUUCCACGUGUGUGCAGUUGCAUCCCGAGACAUCAAGUAGUCCUAAACCACGACAAGGAACACAAUAUCUGUUGAAAAGAGAUGUAUUAGAUUUAAACAGUGUCUAACGUUUCCUUGUGCAUAUUCCGCUUGCCUGGCAGCUGUCUGAUUAGCACUGUGGAACAACAGUAACAAUGGGCAAAGCCAAUAUCAAGGUUUUGAAGGACAAUCAAAAGGCUAUACAUCCAAGGAGUAGAAAAGCAAAGCAAAUCUCAAAGAAAGUGUCUCGAGAGUUAAAGUUGAAAAAGCGAAGAGGAGACAGCAACAUCAAGCUUCAGUGCCUGGGAGAUAAACUGGCAUGGUUUAAAGAAAACAUGGAUCAGGAAGUGGAUGUGAUAACACCCAAACAUGUCUUGGAAUUGAUUGAGAAGUAUAUUGAUAGAAAUACAGAGGAGUUGGAACAGAUCACUUUAAAACACGGCAUUGGAGGUCGUCAGGUCCGGCAACAUGCGAGCAGAGAAGACUGUUUACGGAUCACAAAAGAAAGAGAAAUGGAACUAUUCACAAACUCAGGAUUUGAAACUGUGGACUUCUUAACCCCAGACACUCUUAACAUAUUUAAAUCUUGGACGGGAGAACUGCGAUAUCUACCAAACAUCAAGUUGAGGAAGUACACAAAGCAAGGCUUGGAGGCAAUGAUUUCUGGAACCUGUGAAGCCAGUCAACAUAGCAGCCCACAUCAAAUGGAGGAAGAUGACUCAGAUGAAGAAGAUUCAGGAGAUGAAAUGUCAGAUUAGUGAGACUACAGCAUCUUGUUAGAAAAUAAAAAAUGAGGUUAUGUUUA